AAUCUGUGGGCAAAGUUGGUGAUGUUUAGGAUCAUCUGUAUUAGAGCUGGCUGUAGCAGUGAAUCAUGUGGCUCGCGCUGUGUCGGACCUCCGCGAGGCGCUGAUCACGAGAGGAAUGGGCAUACGCUACGCGUCGCUGGAUGCGCAAAAACCGCUUCAAAAUGCCAACAUUUUCGGUCAUGUACAAGGGAGCAGUCAUGAUUAGCAGGACACUUAUGGGUCCGUAUGGAGUAGAUCGAGCAGUGCAUUCUAUGGAGUUUACAGACUGUGAGAAUGGAUUAGGAAUCAAAGUGAUCGGUGGUGUGAAAGAACUAACAGGAGAGGAAUAUGGCGUUUAUGUCAAAAGGAUCUUACCUGGUGGCCUUGCUUCCAGUGAUGGAAACCUGCAGCCUGGAGACCAAAUAUUGGAGGUGAAUGGUGAAAGCUUGAUUGGCGUGACAAGUGAACGAGCGGUGGAUAUUCUUAGAUCAGCAUCCUCAACCAAUCACAUGCGCCUUCUCAUUGCCAGAGAUGAGGAAGCAAGUCGAGAAUUUGCAGAGCUCCUUGAAAAAUAUGGCUCAAACGGAAGCACGGGAUCUACCAGGAAUUCUCCUAUUCAGCAAACAGGCAGAUACUUGGACAGCACAUCAUCAGGGUCUUCGUCCAGAUCUCAGAGUCCUCUAUUGCUGAGUCCUGCUGGAUCUCAGAGUAAUUACAACAACACAGGACCCUUGCUACGCUCCCUAAGUCACCCGGGUGAAGGGGUGAUUCAGCUGAUAUCAAUCGCUCGCUCCUGCAGUCUGGGUAUUACCAUUGGAGGUGGCUCCAACAGAACUGAUGGCCCUGCAGUUUUCAUCCAGGAAGUGCUGUCUGGAGGAGACUGUCAUCGGGAUGGACGGCUCAGACCUGGAGAUCAGCUUAUCGCCAUAAACAAGGAGUCGUUGAUAGGAGUCACAUAUGAGGAGGCCAAAAGUGUGCUCAAUAAAGUGAAAUUCAGUCAGGAACCAGUGGUGGAUAUUGCCUUCAUUCCUGGAAAAGGACCUUUUUCCAACAGCCCGUUGUUGCAUAAUGGGGUUCAGAGGGGGGUUGGGAAUGGAUACAACGCCAGCCGGUUAAAGGUUCAUGUCCGAUCUCCUGAGAUGCGACAAGAGGAAACAGUUCCAGUCCUUUCAUCCGCCCCAGAAAUCUGCCCUCCAGACAUACAGGUUUCAGCCUCCACCGCACAGAGACCAGCCACUGUUUCCAAACCCAAGAUCUCGCUGGACCCCCACAUACGGCUCAAAUCAGAGAAGCUUGAUCUGGCUCUGUCGUACCUGGGUCUGGAUUUAACAGAAGAGAAGAGACUGCAGCUCAGAGAGAGUCUCACUACAGACCCUCAGGGAACGGUCUCAUAUGGAGACUUUGUGGAAGCCACCCGCAGUGUGUAUCAAGAGAAGCUGGAGGAGGCGGGACUGGGACAGGGACCCUUUAUGUUCUCCUAUCAGGAAGCAGCUAGUUUGAUGGACACCUCUGCCUUUCAUUCCCCUACCUAUGAGUCAGAGUGCAGCUACAGCAGUGAGGAGCUGGAGGAGUUUCAGACGGAAGUCAAACAACUCCAGCUGCAAAUGAAACAACUCAAGGUGUUACUGAAAGACACAGAAGACAGUAAGAAGACUCUGGAGGAGGAACUGCAGAAGACGGCUGAGGUAAAGCAGAAGGCCACGGCCACAGUGGAAGAGAAUAAGUGUCUGAAGAGUAAGCUGCAGGUAGCAGAGGCUGUUCAGAGACAGACUAACAGUGCCGAACAAGACUACGAGGAGGUCAUUCAGCUCCUGGAGGCUGAAAUCAAAGAUCUGAAGAACCAGGUAGCCGGAAAGAAACAGAGAGGACUUGAGGCUACCAAGGAGGAUGUGAUGGAUCUGAACAGAAAGUUCAACGUCAUUGACAGCCAGCUGAGAAGGUCUGAACUCACACGGAAACACCUGGAGAUUUCCAACAAGAAACUCCUUGGCUUUGCCCAGAAUGUCCACAAAGUUCUCACCAACACCAGCUUAUUUGGGAUGGAAAAUGGCGCACAGGCGUCUCCAGCGACUGACAGCCCCGACACACCUUCCCCGAUCCCCGACCCCGCCUGCCAGCUCGCAGCUGAGGCCAAAGAGCUUGUGGAUGGUGUCUGCUCACUUUGCACUGAGGAUCACACAUUACCGCAGUACGUAGAGGGAUGCGUUGUGAAGCCCGAAGAGGACUGUGAUUCAAACCUCGUUCACUGGCCACAACCUCCUGUCCUCGGCGGUCCUGCAGUAGAGCGGAGAGGUCAGUAGAGCGUCUGGGACGGACAGACAAACCGGGCUCAUUCAGAACACCAAGGCUGAACUGAAACUAUACUGUGGAAAAUAAGAGACUGUGAAGUUCUGCAGUGUGGUUUUUACUCCUUCAGUUCAUAGUUCGAGUGGUAUCAGAGGCCUGAGCUCUACUGAUCAAACUGAUACUCAUUUUUUUAAAGCAGUCCAUGUACUUAUUUAAUAUGUAGCAUUACUCAGUAUCAUAAUGUAAAGGCAGAAACCAACCAAGGGGAUUGAAAUCUGAAACACAAACGGCACUAUUAACAGCAGAGGCGACUUUGAGAUGCUCAAAUGCGAUUUCAAGCGUGUCAGCGUGUGCCGUGCAAAACACGAAGAGUUAGGAAGACGAUCUCUUCAGAAUGAGAAAGAGAGCAUUCAGACGUAUAUCUCCCCAUUCAACCACUGUAAUGAAAACACAUGUGGCUGAGCAGCUGACCUCUCUUUUAGAGUUAGCUAUAUUAUACAGUACAUGUAUUACAUUUCAUUUAGGGAUUUUUGGGACAGUCCCCACUUUUCAUCAUUUGAUAUGAUGGUUAUUUGUAUCUGUUCUGAGAAGUGCUAUGACGUUUUGAACAUUUUAUAUUUUCGGUCCGAAUCUUUUAUUAUGCAGACACACAUAGACAUGCUCGCUUCUAAGUACGUGGGCGCUUGCCGUCAUAAAGCUUGUAAAUCUUGCCGUCGAACCCUUUCGAUGUCCUCUUCAUGUAUUUACCGUCACGCCAGUCUGUGCUCGGACGGAUUUGAGGUACAGGUCGGUCCAAUGUCACCCAGCAUCCACUGCACUACUAUCUGGUAUGGUCUGUUAAGUGCUUUAGGGGGUUCCUUCGUGGCUUGUUUCUGAGAUGGACAGUAACUUUGCUCCAUCUCAGUGUCCUCGUCACUAUACUGAUAGUUCUGAGGGGGAUUUUGGUUGUCAUGGCACUAGAAUCAAGUAAUGGGGGUCAUAUUGCAGCGUUCCACCCCGAAUGCAUUCAUUCAGCUGAACAAUGCACAUGGUUCAGGUUACUGUUUUUAUAAGCACACUGUAUGCAGCUGUUUUGUCUUGGCAUAUAGGAUCUACAAUCACCUAUAUCAAUGUGUAAUAAGCUGGUAUCAUUCAUUUCCUGAGGAUAGAGGUGUGCGGUUAUGCAGGUGGUUCGUUGAUAUUAAUAACAGCACAUGCUCUACAAAUGCUGACAUGUAGUCCUGUGAUUUAACUAGAUUGCAUCAUAUGUGUGGCCUAAAUAUCUUUCUUGUAAUGUUUUUAUUAAAGUCAGAACAAAUGUG